CAACAUGUUAUCCAAAAUGCAAAAAUGGUGGGGAGUGCCUCAGACCUGGAAAAUGCAGAUGUCCACCUGGCUAUGGGGGUAGAUACUGUCAUAAAGUAAGCUGUGAAGGAGGCUGUCAAAAUGGUGGGGAAUGCAUCUCUGUCAAUGGAGUUGUGAAGUGCCUUUGUGCUUCUGGCUGGACGGGAUCAAGAUGCCAAGAAGCAAUUUGUCCCCAAGGUUGUCGGAAUAAUGGAGCUUGUGUGGCUCCUGGGAUUUGUAGCUGUCCAGCUGGAUGGGUCGGUGGAGCAUGUCAUUUAGCUGUUUGUAAACUACCUUGUCAACAUGGAGGAAAAUGCAUAGCUCCAAACGUGUGCAGAUGUCGACUGCCGUACUCUGGUCUACAGUGUACAAAGAAAAGGAAGGAGUGAAGCAACUUCAGCUAAGAUAAGCUGCAUUUUCUUGUAACUCUUCAUACAGAGAUGAAGUCUGCAGCAGUGUGGGACUUUUAACAAAUGUGGUAACUAAUUGAUUUCAGAUAGUUUUCUGUCUUCAGUGUAUUAAGUAAAUGCUUUUCUGUAUGAAAGAAAAGUAUUGCUGAUUGUA